GCCACGUCUCGUCAGUGGGUGGUUGACUGUAUCAGCUGCCUUCUCAGUAUACAAGGCCAGCCCAUGAACCUGGGGUCAGCGGAGGAGGAGCUGAGAUGUCUCCGUGACGAACUAACAACAGCUCCAGACCCUGAGGCUUUGUUUCAGGCAUCUUCCAAAAUGGCCAGGGUUGUUAGUGAGUACUUUUCCCCAGAACAGGCCACAGACUUUAUUGAGGCCACAGUGGAAGGUAUGCUGUCUGCCAGCCCCACCUGUGCCAUGGCAGCUGGACUGUGGAUAAAGAUCAUCCUAAAGGAGUGUGGAGAUGCCAUGCUGGGCCAGGUGCCAGCUAUCCUGAAUAUAAUAUAUAGCCACGUGCCUACUAUCCAGGAGGGCAGCUUGAGGCAAUUCCUGCUGGAGGCAGUGUCUAUUCUAGCUCACCAUCACCUAGAGGCAGUGCUCUCCAGCCUCCUAAGAAAACGUCUGCCAAUGGACAGGCAACAUGUGCCAUCUCUGAGGUGGUGUCAGCACUGCAGUCAAGCGAAGCUGUGCGGGAGCUGCUCCCAGAGCUGUUUCCUAUUCUCCUGCAGCAGGUCAGCCGAACCUUAGGACAAAAGAUGCCUUUGCCAGUGAGAAGCAGCCAGAGG